AAGAAAAGUUUAAAACUAAAAGACCAUUACAUUAGUUUGCAAAUUCGGUUUAAGACAUGUUUCCACUACAAUUUAUUUGUCUUUUGUUACUUGGUAUCCGUUGUCAUGCAUUCCUUCUGGAUGAUGAUUCACUUUCUAAUUUACUGCAGUUGUUACAACGCGAAAAGGUUGCCAGGGGUCUACUCGAGACAGAGAUUGUAAACUUACGCGCUGACAUCGCGCAAGUAAACAGGAGACAUCACUCUUCUCAAUGCCAGUGUCCAGUCAGCAAAGCUGUUGCAUUUUCUGCGACCUUGACCCACGAUAUAACAAACCUCGGUGUCAGUCAACCAAUCAUCUACGACAAGGUCAUCACUAAUGUGGGCGGGGCUUAUGACGCUCGUCACGGAUCAUUCCGUGCUCCAGUAUCUGGCACCUACAAGUUUUCCUUUUCUGUACUGCAAGGAACCAGCGCGAUGUAUAUUGCAGUUGAGCUCGUACGUAAUGGUUCCCCGAUUGGGCGUGUGAGGACCGGGGAUUAUGGAUAUUACGCAGUAGGAACCAAUAUUGUAAACGUGCAUCUGGAUGCAGAGGACGACGUGUGGGUCCAACAUCAGGACAACUUGGGUUCCCGCAUUGUAAAAGCCAAUGGAGGGGGAUUUUCGCUUUUCACUGGUCAUCUGGUUAAAGCGGACUGAACUUGUAAAGUAAUAUAAUAAAAGUACAAAGUUAAA